AUGGAUAAUUCUUAAUACUUGUAAUCUCUUUUGGACAAUAUCGACAACGAUCAAGGUUACCACAAGAUCCGAGAAUACGGACGAACCUAUGGAUUCCACAAUAUAUAUUACAGAAGACUGAUAUGGACCAAACUAUUAGGAAUAGAUCAACAAUUACCUUACCAGGAAAAGGAAAAAUGUCUACAACAUGAUCAAUUAUUGAAGGAUGUCAAUCGCUCGUUGAAUACUAUAACACAAGUCAAAAACUUCAAAGAAAUAGAUCAAUUGAGAAAAUGCUUAAUGGACGUACUUGACACCAUUUUCAGCCACUACCCUAACUACUCCUACUAUCAAGGCUAUCAUGAUGUUGUAUCAGUCUUGAUACUGGUCUUAGGAGUAGAACAAGGUUACAGAGCAUCCGUUUAUGCUGCUUAGCACUUCUUCAAAGAUUACUUAGACCAAGAAUUAUCUACUACGAUCACUCCACAAUACCAAUUCAUUAGAAUUCUCCUAUUGCGAUUCUCUAAAGACACUAACAAUCAAAAACUCAAUGGUAUAAUGACAAUCAUCGAACACCCCACUUGUGUCAUUCCAUGGAUCCUAACAUGGUUUUCUCAUUCCUUGGAAAAUAUCAAUGACAUCUCUAGAGUUUGGGAUUUCCUAUUCUGUUCCUCAUAAAAUACAAUCCUGUAUAUCUGUGCAGCAUUUAUUGCCAUCCAUCAUGAAACCUUAGAAGUGACAGAUGAAGAUGAUCUUGUUGGAGAAUUUUAAGACUUUUUUUAAAAUCUUAAUAAUAAAGAAAGAAUUUAAGAUAUUAGACUAGAGAGUGUGUUGUAAUUAGCAUACAUGUUGGAGGAUAAAUACAAGUUUGAACCAAUCUGCCAAUAAGAAAAUAUUUAGUUUUCAUAGAAUUCUAUUGUGUACUAACACAACUUCAAAUCUUAAUUAUCAUAUUACAAUUCCUCAGAUAAACUAUAUAAAUCAAUCCCAAAAAAAGUAAUCAAUUACAUCCAUGACAAAUCAGAUAUCAUAUUAAAUAUAGGUGGAGCCGCUUUAACUUAUCUUAUUCAAUAUUAUAUAGUUAAAAUUUGA